UCUCCUGCCUUGGCGAUUGGUGGACGACAAGGCAUACGGAUUACGGCGAACGACGAACUGCGACGAACCGUGUAGAGAGAACGGCUGUGCCGGAUCAUCCAGCCCAGCGAUCGGAAUCCGCUAUCUGAUGCACCGACGACGUCCGCGUGCUCAGGGCGUGCGUGCUUUGUGUUGUUUAUUCGUGCAAGAGCAAUCGAACCAUUGACGCCUUCUUGCUGUGCCCUCCUGACGUUACGGAAUGGCGAUGAAUCUCGAAGGAAAAGAUAAAAAGUCCCCGAACGAAGAUUUGAUGCGUGCGGUGGAGUAUGUUUCUGGUGGUGGUCCUGAACAGAUGCACAUAAGCCCAGUGAAAAAGCCAGUCCUCAAAGAAAAGGAGAUCCUUAUCAGAGUACACACAACAUCUAUCAAUAGAGCUGACCUUAUGCAGCGGAAAGGCAUGUAUCCUCCACCACCAGGUGCCAGUGAGAUCUUGGGCCUGGAAGCCGCGGGGCUGGUUGAAAAGUGCGGAGAAGGCUGUUCACGUUGGAUGGAAGGGGAUCGUGUCAUGGCCUUGCUUUCGGGUGGAGGCUACGCAGAGUUUGUGACAGUGCACGAAGACCACGUGAUGGAAAUUCCUGAAAGCAUGACGUUCGAGGACGCCGGAGGAAUACCCGAAGCGUGGCUCACUGCCUACCAACUGUUAUACAAAGUCGCCGACGUUAAAGCUGGCCAGAAAGUACUCAUUCACGCUGGUGGCAGUGGUGUGGGACUAGCUGUCGUGCAGCUGGCCCGCCUUGCAGGGGCCGAGCCAAUCGUCAUUGCAGGAGCAGCUGACAAGCUACUGAGGGCAACUCAACUGGGCGCUGCAGCUGCAUACAACUACAAGAAGGAUAACAUAGUUGAGCGUGUCUCAAAAUUUACUCAGGGACAUGGCGUAGACAUCCUAUUAGAUUGCAUCGGACGCUCCAUGUUGGACGAAAACUGCCGCAUGAUCGCCGUUGAUGGAUGUUGGGUGCUCUACGGCCUCAUGAGCGGCUCCAAAAUUGAAUCGUCAGAGUUUCUAAGCCUGAUACUGCGCAAGCGUGUUCGACUACAAGGCACAACACUGCGCUCUCGGAGUACUGAGUACAAGGCGCAGUUGAUAAAGGAUUUUGUGAAAGACGUUCUCCCGCGGUUUUCGAAAAAGGAACUUCAAGUGGCCAUAGACAAAGUGUACCCCCUCGGGCAGAUAAGUCAAGCACACAAGUACGUGGAAAGCAACAGCAACGUCGGCAAAGUUGUUAUCAGGGUGUGUGCCGACUUGCCAUCACCUGGGCAAGAGCACUCUGAAAUUAUUUGAGGAUGAUUUUUUACAGUGUCUUUUUACAGUUUUAAUAAAAUUUGUUUUGUUUGUUA